AGAGGUCUCGACCCAGUCCUGGGUGUUUUUACCGGGUUUCUCGCGUACUAUCUUUAUGAAACCCAUCCUAGAACCUCUCUGCCGCAGGAACAGAGGUUGAUGGAACUUGUUCGGUGGAAAUGGUCAAAAUGGCAGGAAGCGCGUAUAGCAAAAUAA